AUGCGGCUUCUGCCUGUUGACAGAAAAAUUGAGGCAGGGAGGGGGACGAGGGGCUCCGAUGUUCGUGCUUUUCCUGCCAGCUCCUGCAAAGCAGAGCUGGAUAUGCACCGUUGGGCCUUGCCAUGCCUUUGCGCCUUCUGCGCCCUGGCGUCCCAGGAGGACCAGCUGGUAUUGGCCGUGCAGAAUGCAGAUGUCAAUGAAGUGGAACGACUCGUCAGCUCCGGGCAAGUCGAUGUGAGUGCAAUCACAGUAGAAAGGGGAUCUUAUAGGUGGCCGUGGCCUUUGGCGACAUAUUCUGCAACCAUUCUUCAUCAUGCUGUAUGGCGAAACAACAUGGAGGUUUUGAGGCUGCUGGUCCAGGCUUGGCCCGACGGCCUCCAAGCGAAAGAUGGCAGCAUCGAAGGACGCACGCCGUUGCAGUGGGCCGCUUACCAAGGUCGUGUGGAAGCUCUCCAGUUGAUGCUUGCGCGAUGGCUCGAAGGAAUCCGAAGUACAACAAAUUCAGUGUUCCAUUCUCAUUCUGGGACCACUCUCUUCCACGUGGCUGCUGGUGUUGACCAGGUGCAAGUCUUGCAGCUUCUCGUGGAAAGGUGGCCCGGGGGCGUGCAAGUCGCCGACAACCGAGGCGAGGUGCCCUUACAUAUUGCAGCCGAGGACGUGAACCGAAACAAGUCUUUCCAGCUCUUGAGGAAUGCAUGGCCCGGAGGCCUCCUUCAUGAAGAUAGUGCAGGCCGUACGCCUGUGCAUCUUUUUGCGCGGCAUGCAGAAAACAGUUUCGAAGACUUGCUGUUUGUCCUCGACGGAAUGCCCCAGGGCCCACGCCCGCGAGCAUUGGAGCGUGGAGGCAGCAUCUUGCAUCAGGUUGCAGAGAGUGGCAAUAUCGCGGCCAUGCAACUUCUGCUGGACAGGUGGCCUGACGCCAUCUUCACCCGGCCGAGUCUUUUAGAAGCAGCUGCCUCAUUCGGCCAGACGGAGAUGGUGAAUUUCUUGGGGCGUUUGUUUACGCCGGAAAUGUUCACCUACCAGUACGAAACUAGCGUGAGGGACGACAAUGUGUUUGGCUGCACCAUCGUGGUUGACAUGGGCUGUAAUGGCACUGCCUUUUCCCAAGGUUGGAAGAACGCGGCCGUAGAGCUCCAGUGCACAUCAAACUCGCUGUCCAAACUCUCGCUGCGGUCGCUGCAGCUUUGGUUGGAGUGUGGUGGACGAGUUGGUUGGCGAGACGCAGCUGGCACGCAGCUGCAGGCAAUUUUGGAUAAUGAAGACGCUCGUCACUUCUUGCAAUCACGCUGGACGCCUGCAGUCUUGGUUGCAAGCACAAUGAGAGAUUGGCGCACGUGGAUGGUGCCUGGCCUGACAGCCGCCGUGGCAUUUGCGGCGUUGACCCUACAAAGUAAGUUCAAGUCCUUCCGUCGUCCGGCCAGACCAGUGCAGUUUGAAGAUUCCGCUCGUGACGAGUAUUUCGAAGGCGCAAAGCGGUUGGUGAGCCAAACCUUUACCAGACAUGGGAUCCUUCUGAGGCUGUGGCGGUGGCUAGAGGUCUACGUUGCCAUUGUUUGGUUGGGCUACUUGUGCAUCCCAUUUCACUGGUCAUGGUGGUUGCCGGUUGUGGCUUUAUCAUAUCUCGGCCCUCACAUGCUGUUACACGGAAGAAGAGGUGUGCUCCACGCUCCAGCAUUGGCAAUUUUCAGUAGAGGUCUUGAAAGCCACCUCGUCGCCCUCCUCCGCACUACGGCUAUGCCUUUCUUGUCUAUAGUGUUCAUAGUGGCUUACCAAGAUCGUAGCAGCUUGGUCAACCCUAUGAUGAGAAGACUUUGGCUGAAAACGGACCGCGUUUGGUUUAACAGCUUCCUAAACGAGCAUUGGCUGUUUCAUUGGGCGCCGCCGGUGCGGGCCUUGUUGCUUGUCUACUUAUGGGCCUGCGUCACCUUGGGCCUCUUGUGUCUCUACUUCCUGUGCCUGCUUUGCGCAGGUUGCAGGAAAGUCGCGUGCGGACGUGGCGAGCAAGCGCAAAGCUCUGGCAGCCAGGACCGCGAGAAGGGCCAGUUCUUGCGGGUUUUGCUUCGCACACCCUCAAAGGAGUUCAGCACAUUGAGCCCAAGCGUAAAGCCCGUGGCUGCAUUCGCCUGGCCGUGGCAAGGUGGUGGGCUAUGGUUCGAAGUAGCGAUGCUGGUGCUGGACGUGGCGCUGGACGUGAACACCAUCUACACCUUCCUUGCAGCGCAGGAUUACUUAUUUGCAGCUGUUAUGACCUUCGUGGUGUCAUGGAGCGGCAUGAAACAGCUCAUCGCACUACCGCCAUGGCGGCUCCGGCAGGCCGUCAGGGCCAGCGCAGAGCGUGGCAUCAAACAUCAGGAUUUGUUGGACUACUUGGAGGAAGAGAAGCGGUCCGAGUCCUUCUUCUGCGCCUGCAUUUCCGCCUACGCCUCUGUCUUUGCGGUGCAGACGGCCGACCAGAUGCUCACGCAAUUUGUCAGCCUUCUUUCAAGCACCUGGCAGUUUGCAGGCUAUGCCGUUCAAAUCUGCGAUAUGGACUUCAAGCUCGACGAAGCAGUUGACGAGCCGCAGCCUCCGGAGGUAGCCGCCGCGCAGCAGCCGGAUGUCCUGGGAGCUCCCAUGGACUGCAACAGCAGCUCAGAGGCCUCUGGCACGGCCACUACAGCAACCACGCAGCCGAAUGUCAUGGGCAACCUUGUUCCCGCAUGGGGCCCUGGACACGUGCCAGAAGUGGUCCAGAAGCCAGAAGAAAUAGCCAUCGAGGUGAAACUCAACGACGAACCCAUGCCUUCGCUACCCCCUAUGCCAGCCUGGGGAGCGGAAGGGGCACCGGGCUCAGCUCCAAGGAAAUCAAGUUCUGCAGCCCGAAAAGGGAGGGCGAGCAAUGCUCGCUUGCAGCGAAAGAAGACGCAGACCUCCGGGAAAACUGGAUCUUCGAAGCUUCCUGAAUCCUGA